CCAGCAUCCCUGUGCCACUCUGGGGUGCAGCAGGGCAGGAUGUGGCCCCUGGUCAGUGCCUCUCAGUGUGCUGGAGAAGGGGGUGGCAGGCGCCCUGGAGGCGUGAGCAAUGGCCCUUGUUGGUCACACUACAUUUCCUUUUCAUUAGUGCUAAGUGUGGACAUGAGGGAUCGGCAAGGGUUCAGCGGGCGCAGCCACUGUGUGGCUGCUUUCCCUGAUGGAUGGCAGGGUGGGAGAGGGCUGCUGCACUGCUGGUGGAAGGGACAGUGGGGAGGCACAGGGCCACUAGCAUGGGGCUGUCUGGCGUGGGUGAUGUCCCAGCCAGGGCACGUGGAGGUGGCCGAGCCCCAUCUCCCCACAGGUGCUCAGCAAAGCGCGACCGUGGCCAACCCAGCAUCUGGCGCAUCCUCGGACCUGCUGCCACACUUCCAGCUGGAGCCGGAGGAUGUCUACAUUGUGAAGAACAAGGCAGUGAGCCUGGCCUGCCGUGCCACCCCUGCCACGCAGAUCUACUUCAAGUGCAACGGCGAGUGGGUGCACCAAGGUGACCACGUCACGCAGCACAGCACCGACCGCAGCACUGGGCUGCCAGUGAUGGAAGUGCGCAUCGAGGUCACCCGUCAGCAAGUGGAGAAGAUCUUUGGGCUGGAGGAGUACUGGUGCCAGUGCGUGGCCUGGAGCUCCUCCGGCACCACCAAGAGCCAAAAGGCUUUCGUGCGCAUCGCCUAUCUGCGCAAGAACUUCGAGCAGGAGCCGACAGCCAGGGAGGUCUCCAUUGAGCAGGGCAUCGUGCUGCCCUGCCGCCCUCCCGAGGGCAUCCCCCCCGCCGAGGUGGAGUGGCUGCGCAACGAGGAGCUGGUGGACCCGGAACUGGAUGCCAACGUCUACGUGACGCCAGAGCACAGCCUGGUGCUGCGUCAGGCCCGCCUGGCCGACACCGCCAACUACACCUGCGUGGCUAAAAACAUCGUGGCCCGUCGCCGCAGCGCCUCUGCUGCCAUCAUUGUCUACGUGAACGGCGGCUGGUCGACGUGGACACAGUGGUCAGGCUGCAGCACCAGCUGUGGACGGGGCUGGCAGAAGCGGAGCCGGACGUGCACCAACCCCACACCCCUCAAUGGGGGUGCUUUCUGUGAGGGCCAAAAUGUGCAGAAAACCGCCUGCACCACCCUCUGCCCAGUGGAUGGCGCCUGGUCGGAGUGGAGCAAAUGGUCGGAGUGCGGGGCCGAAUGCACCCACUGGCGCAGCCGCGAGUGCUCGGAGCCAGCGCCACGCAACGGAGGCCGGGAUUGCCACGGCCCCGAGCUGGACACCCGUAACUGCACCUCUGAGCUCUGCACCCACGCUGCCCCCGGCGCAGAGGACGUAGCACUGUACGUGGGGCUGGUGGCCGUGGCCGUGUGCCUGGUGCUGCUGCUGCUGGUGGGGGUGCUGGUGUACUGCCGCAAGAAGGGGGGUCUGGAUGCUGAUGUGGCCGAUUCCUCCAUCCUCACUGCCGGCUUCCAGCCCGUCAGCAUCAAACCCAGCAAGGCUGACAACCCCAGCCUGCUCACCAUCCAGCCAGACCUCAGCACCACCACCAUGACCUACCAGGGCUCGCUCUGCCCACGCCAGGACGGCCCUGCCAAGCUCCAGCUGCCCAAUGGGCACCUGCUGAGCCCGCUGGGUGCUGGACGGCACACGCUGCACCACAGCUCGCCCGCCGCCGAGGGUGCUGACUUCGUGGCCCGGCUCUCCACACAGAGCUACUUCCGCUCCCUGCCCCGCGGCACCAACAACAUGGCCUAUGGCACCUUCAACUUCUUGGGGGGGCGGCUCAUGAUCCCCAACACAGGGAUCAGCCUGCUCAUCCCACCCGAUGCUAUCCCACGGGGGAAGAUCUAUGAGGUCUACCUGACCCUGCACAAGCAGGAGGAGGUGAGGCUGCCCCUGGCUGGCUGCCAGACACUGCUGAGCCCCAUCGUCAGCUGUGGCCCCCCCGGGGUCCUGCUCACCCGCCCCGCCAUCCUGACCAUGGGGCACUGCGUGGAAGCCAGUGCUGAGAACUGGAGCAUCCGGCUGAAGAAGCAGUCGUGCGAGGGCACGUGGGAGGACGUGCUGCAGCUGGGCGCUGAGCCGUGCACAGAGCUGUACUACUGCCAGCUGGAAGCGCAGGCUUGCUACGUGUUCACAGAGCAGCUGGGGCGCUUUGCCCUGGUCGGGGAGUCCCUCAGCAUGGCGGCCUCCAAGCGCCUCAAGCUGGUCCUGUUCGCGCCAGCCGCCUGCCCCUCGCUGGAGUACAACAUCCGUGUCUACUGCCUCAGUGACACCCAGGACGUCCUCAAGGAGGUGAUCCAGCUGGAGAAGCAGCUGGGAGGGCAGCUGAUCGGAGCCCCCCGGGUGCUGCACUUCAAGGACAGCUACCACAACCUGCGCCUCUCCAUCCAUGAUAUGCCCAGCUCCCUCUGGAAGAGCAAGCUCCUCGCCAGCUACCAGGAGAUCCCCUUCUACCACAUCUGGAGCGGGCUGCAGCCCUUCCUGCACUGCACCUUCACUCUGGAGCGCCUGAGCACCAGCACCUGUGAGCUGGCCUGCAAGAUCUGGGUCUGGCAGGUGGAGGGAGAUGGGCAGAGCUUCACUGUCAACUUCAACAUUGCCAAGGACACAAGGUUUUCAGACUGGCUGGUCCCCGACGAGGUGGGCACCCCAGCUCUGGUGGGCCCCAGUGCCUUCAAGAUCCCCUUCCUCAUCCGCCAAAAGAUCAUCAGCAGCCUGGACCCGCCGGGCACACGGGGAGCCGACUGGAGGACACUGGCACAAAAGCUCAACCUUGAUAGCCAUCUCAGCUUCUUCGCCUCGAAGGCCAGUCCCACAGCCAUGAUCCUCAACUUGUGGGAAGCACGGCACUUCCCCAAUGGCAACCUCUCCCAGCUGGCUGCCGCCGUGGCCGAGGUCGGCAAGCAGGACGGUGCCCUCUUCUCCGAGGCUGAGUGCUGAGCAUGGCGGGUCCCAGGGGACCACCACCGUGGGGCUAAGGGGGGCCCUGGCUGGCCCACCAGGCUUCUCCUGCCCCACAGCACACGAGGAGGGCUACCUGGCCCCCUUGGAAGGGCAGGAUGCUCCUGCCCCGUGGCAGUCAGGCCCCUCCAGCACUGUGGCAGCGGGACUCAGCCCAGCCCUGGGGGUCCCAGAGCCCCAUGGUGGGGGACUGGGGGGGCACUGGGUGUGCGUCGUGCGUGCGGUGCCGUCGUGGUGUCUGCGUGUGGGGCCAGGCGGCCCCGGGCCCCGUGCCGUGUUGUGUAAAGCCCGUUUUUUUAAUUCUGUAUUAAGUGCAUUCAAGUAUUUACACUUGGCCUUAUGUACAUAGCGGUGCCGCGGGCGGGGGGUCUGCCGGACGUGAAUGUAAAUAAAUUCUAUAUAUAUUGCUA